AAGAGACGAAAAAUUUGAAAGGAGAGGCACAAGCCAACAAGGAUCACAUGCUACAGUAUAAAGAAAUAGCACAAGUGAAUGAACUUCUAUUGAAGCAAAUUGAAUCUGCUCAUAAACAAUUCAAGGCUGAGGCUGACAAGCUAAAGAAGUCACUGGAUGAUGAAAUUCACUUUCUCAAGGGAAGGGUUUCAGAACUUAAAAGUGAUCUUGUGUCAAAGUCCACAGAAGUUACAUCUGCAGUUUCAGAGAAAGAAGAAACUUUAUCUUCUGCAUUUGCUAAAAUUGACCGUCUGAAGGAAGAAAAUUCUGUAAAAACGUCUCAAAUAGUGGAAUUGGAAAUUCAGAUCUCUUCUUUGAAGGAAGAUCUUGAAAAGGAGCAUAUAUGCUGGCGUACUAGCCAGAGCAAUUAUGAAAGACAGGUUUACUCUUAAUUUCUUGUCAUAAUUCUUAUUUCCCAUCUCAUUUAUGUGCAGUGGGAUAUGGAAGAACUUCGUAUGAAGUAUUUGGAGAUGGAGUCGAAGCUAAAGUUUGAACAGGUUCCUUUUUUGUAAUUCUUAUGAUAGGUUGAGUAAAGUGAAGUAUUGUUUAUUUAGAAAUGUGAAUG